AUGAAGGCCAGUGCUCCUAAGCCCAAGUGGAGCGACGUUUCAGCAAUGAGUUCGACCACGAAAAGCUAUUGGGCCCAAUGGGAUAGCUUGCUGAUUCAGGAUGGAGUCCUGUGCCAUAAAUGGGAAAAUGGUCGGGAAGACAGGUGUCAUUUGCAAAUGGUUGUCCCUAAGGCUAAAGUGCCAGAUGUUCUACAGCUGUACCAUAGUGGUUGUUCAGGAGGCCACCUGGGAGUUAAACGAACUCUCCUAAAGACCCAAGAACGGUUUUACUGGGUCCACUGUCGUGACGAUAUCGAGGACUGGUGCCGCAAAUGUACAAGUUGUGCGGCUGUAAAGGGACCUCAAAUUCGUAGUAGAGGCGCAUUGAAAUUGUACAAUAUUGGUGCACCCUGGGAGAGGAUAGCCAUUGACGUUGCGGGGCCGUUUCCAGAAACUGAAACUGGUAACAAGUAUUUCAUGGUUGUGAUGGAUUACUUCACUAAGUGGCUAGAAGUCUUCGCCAUUCCAAAUCAAGAAGCUUCAACAGUUGCAUAUAAACUAGUUCAUGAAGUCUUCUGUCGUUUUGGAGUACCUUUAGAGAUUCACAGCGAUCAAGGAAGGAAUUUCGAGUCACAAAUAUUCCAGGAAACUUGCCGAGUUAUGGGUACUCAGAAAACACGAACAACUUCUUACCACCCACAAUCUGAUGGAAUGGUAGAAAGAUUUAAUCAGACAUUGGAGAGGUACCUAGCAAAAGUUGUGGAAAAACGGCAACGAGACUGGGACAGGCACAUACAACCGUUUUUGUUGAAGCGCUGUUCACGAAAGUACAUCAGUGACACCAGCUUUCGCAAACUUUGGGAGAGAAUUGCGGCUGCCUGCAGACCUGAUCACUGGAAUACCAUCUGA